AUGUUGUUCUCGGGGAGCGAUAAUCACAUUGCAGGCCUCGGCCAGAUGGCAGAACAUAUGGGAAAUCGAGAGCUAUUCAAGGACAAGCCAGGCUACGAGGGUUAUUUGAACUUUCGUGUUGCAGCAUUAUCUGAGAUUUUGCAGGAUGCUGGUUAUUUUACCUUGAUAUCCGGAAAAUGGCACUUGGGUGCAGCAAAAGAGCACGCGCCUUGUUCAAGAGGCUUUGAUAAAGGCUUCGUAUACCUACCCGGCAGCGGCAACCACUAUAAUUACGAACCUCAAUUCAAAGAGGGCCAGCCGAGACCGUCUUUGGCUGUCGCAGACCCCAAGACAUUUUGGAUGAGGGACGGAGUGUAUCUCGACCGCCGUACAGAGCUACCUACCGAUUUCUACUCGACAAAAACCUUCACCGAUGAACUUCUUUCAUAUCUUAGUAAUCGCACCUCCGAAGAGAAGGACAAGCCGUUCUUCUCGUACCUAGCAUAUACAGCGCCUCACUGGCCUCUACAAGCGCCGAAGGAAGUGAUAGAAAAGUAUAAAGGGGUUUAUGACGAGGGACCGGCAGCCUUGAGACUCAAGCGACUUGCUAGGCUUAUUGAGCUUGGUCUUGUACCGAAAGAUGUCGAGCCGGCGCCAAUGGUCGGUCUUCUUGACCCUGAGUGGAAAACCUUGACUCCAGAAGAGCGAGCUCUGUCAGCACGAAAGAUGGAAACAUUUGCGGCUAUGGUUGAUGUUGUCGAUCAAAAUAUCCAGCGAGUCUUGGACUACCUUGAGUCAUCGGGCGAGCUAGAUAAUACCUUCAUUCUGUUCAUGUCCGACAAUGGUGCUGAGGGCACGUUGCUCGAGGCUUUACCAAUGCUCGGAGGGGUCACUAGUCUUGGUGCCCUAAUCGAGACACACUACAAUAAUGAGCUAGGAAACAUUGGUAACAAGGAUUCUUUCACGUGGUAUGGCGGAUCAUGGGCUUGCGCCUCGAUGGCACCGUCGCGAGGCUUCAAGACAUGGAUAACCGAGGGCGGUAUUCGUUGCCCUUGUCUGGUUCGUUACCCACGUAUUGUACAUGAUGAGAAUACCGCGGUCACAGGCUGGGAGCUGUUUGGCCUGCGAGCUAUCCGAGAAGGAAAAUGGAAAGCUAUCUAUAUGGCAUCACCUCGGGGUAACGAGCAGUGGGAGUUGUACGAUAUGGAGGCAGAUCCAGGCGAGAUUCACGACAAGGCACUAGAGGAGCCCGACGUCUUGAAAAGACUAGUGCAGCACUGGAACGUGUACUAUAAUGAAGUAGGCAUGUUUGACCCUGAUGUGACUUAUCACGUCGUCAAGGAUAAGCGGAUUACUUGA